AUGCUAAUACACGGGCCAUUCGAGAGAGAGAGAGAGAGAGAGAGAGAGAGAGAGAGAGAGAGAGAGAGAGAGAGAGAGAGAGAGAGAGAGAGAGAGAGAGAGAAGAAGAAGAAGAAGAAGAAGAAGAAGAAGAAGAAGAAGAAGAAGAAGAAGAAGAAGAAGAAGAAGAAGAAGAAGAAGAAGAAGAAGAAGAAGAAGAAGAAGAAGAAGAAGAAGAAGAAGAAGAAGAAGAAGAAGAAGAAGAAAACAAACUAA